AUGUGUUCUCUAAAUGUGGCUAUAUUCAUACUUUGCUUUAUUCACAUAUCCUAUGGUAGCCCUAUAGCCACUGCAGCGCCUUCGGUGGACGGGGUAGUUCGGCCUAUACUAGCUAUACGCACCGUCGGUCCAGCCGCAGCUCCACCAGAUCUUCAAAGAGACGUGGGAAAGCGACAAAUCUUAACCGGGACGACUACCGCCCACACAACAUUCACAUUUUACUCUUCAACCUUAAAAGGCGGCGAUUUUAUCAGGAUAGAAACCCGGACGGAGACAGCAACCGCCAAUAAUUCCGGUCCUACUCCGAGUUCAAAGUUCAAGUAUCAUUACUUAGAGCAGAUCAACGUUUCAGUCGAUAUCAACGACUCUAGGAUCCCAACAUGGAAGACAUACUCUUACUGCAAAGCUGAAACUAGCUAUUUCAUGUCCGGUCCGACUCUAAACUCUUUAUGGAUCAGCCCAGUCACAUGUUCUCUUAAAAUUGUGUAUCCAGAUCCUAAACUUGCCUCCCCAACCCGGUGCAAGAAUACGCAAGGAAUAAAAUACUACGAUAGCGCCAUUGGUGCGUCUGUUACACCCGUAUACGACUGCCUCCUCAAACAAAACGCAAUAAAAUUCACAAAAAACAGCAAAGCAAUCACCAGAUACCAAAAGGGAGAUUUUGCUAUUUCUAGGCACUAUGAUUCUAGAAACUACGCUUGGUUCGAAGCUUGCUACAAUGGACCAAAUGCUAACAAGAGAUCCAUUCCACCACAACUUCCUAAACGGGAUCUCUUCGAAGGAAACGGCAAUUGUCCGAUUUGGGAUUGUUUCCGAGAGAGUGCAUUCAACGCAGAUCCGACAUCAUUUUAUGCCGGGUGGCCUGAUUAUUUCGCAUGGUUUGGACUGUACAAUAGUUCCGCUGGGUGUUCUCUUAUCGCUGUUACCAGGGCAUGUUUGCUUCAUGAUUCGGUCGUUUUCGAUACUGUAUAG